GCAAAAUUUGUUUGUUUACAUCGAUUUUCGCAAGCAAGCAACUUCAACCCGGAACCCGAAAAAUCGCCACUUUUCACGAUGCUGGACGGGUGGUACUGCCGGUCCAUCAACGAGCAAGCCCAGCAGGCCCAACAGCAGCAGCAAAUGCAGCAAGCAGACCCGCAGCCACACUCGUCGUCGUCCCAUCAGGCCGCGGUCGCCGUUCGAAACAGCAACAACAAUGUCAACGCCAACAACAACAGUUCCGACGGGGAAGAUAUGGGUGGGCCGGAUGGGGGGGACAGUACGGAACAGAGCGAUCCGGAUAGCGAUGAGGACGUGAUGCCGACGCGGCGGAAUAUUGAUUAUAAGGCCCAGUACAAUGAGCUCAAGAAGAAGUUGAAGUAUUUGCUUUAUGAGAACGAAUUCUUUCAGGAGAAUUUGCGAACCAGUCAGCGGCGCUUGCUGAAGAUCACCCGGGACAGGUCGUUCCUGCUGGACAGAUUGCUCCAGUACGAGAAGGUGGACGUGACUUCGUCGGAGGACGAGGACACGGAAUCGUCGGACGAUUCGUCCAAGCCCGAUCCGGUUCCGACGGUGGGCAGGAAGCGCAAGAACGAACCCUCGCAGCCCAGCGCGCAGUCUCAGAGCAAAAAUCCGCCCAAACGAAGGAAACCCGGUCCGAAGAAGCAACUUCAGCAGCAGCAACAGCAACUGGUUCAGCCGAAUUUGCUCCAGCAGCGGCAAUUUCAGGCCUCCAUGCUGGCCAACAACCACGGCCAUCAUCCGCAGCAGCAUCAACUGAUGCAGGAUGGCCAUCUGACCGCGGAGGAAGUCGAACGGCACCUGCAGUCGCGGGCGCAGGCCAUGUCCCUUGUUCCGGAGGGGGAACUUCCGAAUGAAAUGUUCAGCCAGAAUCCGUCGAGCGAGUCGAACGACCCGAUGGUGGACACUUCGCCGAGCAACAUCGGUGAGGAGUGUCUGUCCGCGGACAUGAACAUGAUGCAGCAGGAAUGACCGGCAGCGGCGGUUUUUAGGAAUUUCUUUCGCGAUACAUUCAAAGCAAAAUACAAACUUAUUCUUAACAGCUAAAAUUA